CGAUAAGCAAAGAGCAGUAGUGUAUAAAAAAGAUAAAAUACUGCGUUUCAUGUGUGUGUCUCAGCAAACGCGCGCGGAAUCAAAAUAACCGUUAUAUAAAUUUUGAAUUUGUCAUUUUGCGACUUUCUUACAAAUAUUAUUAUAAAAAGCCUCUCUAAAUCUCGAGGCCUUGCAGAUAGAUUUCCAUACUGGCGUCCAUUACUACUCGUCGAGCUUUCCACAUUUACUCUUCCCUCCGAAAAAACAUGUCUGAACAAGUCUAUGAUUACCUUGUCAUUGGCGGUGGAUCAGGCGGUCUUGCUUCCGCUAGACGUGCUGGAGCCAUGCAUAACUCCAGCGUCGCUUUGAUUGAAGGCUCACCUCGUCUUGGUGGUACUUGUGUCAAUGUUGGCUGUGUCCCCAAGAAGGUCAUGUGGAAUACUGCCUCUAUUGCUGAAUCCCUGCACCAGGCCAAGGAAUACGGUUUUGACGUCGACGCCUCUAAGCAUAGCUUCAACUGGAACAUGCUCAAGCACAAGCGUGAUGCGUAUAUCAAGCGUUUGAACGGUAUCUACGAGAGAAAUCUCAACAAUGACAAGGUCCAAUACUACAGCGGUUAUGCCAGCUUUGUCAAUAAGAACACUGUCAAGAUUCAAGACGGUGACAAGGUCAGCGAAGUUCAAGCUAAGAAGAUUCUUAUCGCUGUUGGUGGUCAUCCCAUUAUCCCAGAUGUUCCCGGCGCUGAACUCGGUAUUUCUUCCGAUGGAUUCUUUGAUCUCGAACAUCAGCCAAAGCGUGUUGCUGUUAUUGGAACUGGUUAUAUUGGUGUUGAAUUGGCUGGUAUUUUCCACACCUUGGGUAGUGAAGUCACCAUCUUCUCUCGCACCAAACAAAUUUUGAGAUCGUUCGAUCCCAUCAUCAAGGAUACCUUGCUCAAGGAGAUGGAAAGCACUGGCGUCAACUUUGCUUUCGAUGCUGAUGUUCGUGGUUUGUCUCGAGAUGGCCCAGAGGGUUCUCCUAUCAAGGUUCAUUACACUACUGCAGGCACUCAAGCCGAAGGUGAUUUCGAUUGCGUUUUGUGGGCUGUUGGAAGAAUUCCCAACACCAAGAUCCUUAACCUUGAAGCUGCUGGUGUAACUACCGACAAGAGAGGUCACAUUGUUGUUGACGAUUAUCAAAACACUGCCGUCGAUGGUAUCUAUGCACUUGGAGAUGUUUGUGGCCAUGCUGAGCUCACUCCUGUUGCUAUUGCUGCUGGACGUAAGCUCUCUGACAGACUCUUUGGCCCUGAGAGCCUUCGUGAUUCAAAGUUGGAUUACAACAAUAUCCCCACUGUUGUUUUCUCUCACCCCACAGCCGGUACCAUUGGAUACACGGAAGAAGCUGCACGAAAGAAGUUCGGUGAUGAAAAUAUCAAGAUCUAUACUUCACGCUUCACCAACAUGUGGAAUGCUAUGCUUGAACACAAGGAUCCCACCGCUUACAAGCUCGUCUGCACUGGCCCUGAAGAGAAAGUAGUUGGUAUGCACAUCAUUGGUAGAGGCAGUGAUGAAAUUUUGCAAGGUUUUGCUGUCGCCAUCAAGAUGGGUGCUACCAAAGCCGACUUUGACUCAGCUGUCGCCAUUCACCCUACCGCUUCCGAAGAGCUCGUUACCAUGCGUUAAGUCCAUGAUCACUUCAAGACCUAUCAUGUAAAGAAAGAGCAAGCGUGUAAAGACCUGUAUUACUUGGACGAAGGUUUUUUAGACAAUGUAGUUAUAUGAUAAAUGAUAUUGGGAAUAAACAAUAUUCUAGCUCUGUCUUUUUUUUAAAAAAAAAAAAAAAAAAA